CGUUCAUCAUUGUUGAAGAUGCAAGCACGUCAGAACGCUGAGCGCUAUAAUAUCAAGCAGGGGACGUCGCUCGCUCGCGAAUAUCUUUUGCAAAACGACUAGCUAGUGUGGGAUUGUAAGCAAGAGCGUAGCAUCAAAUACGGACGAACAUUAUAACGAUUUUACUCCUUAUAUGAUAGUUAUGAAUACCGUAUAAUUAUAGAUACGGUAAUAAUAAAUUAUAAGGUCACCGCUGAACACCGAACACUGCGCUGCUUUGCCCAGCAAGUGCUCAUAGUAAGGCAGGGGAUUGGAGACCUCAUCAUUUCCGAGUUUUCGCAGCGGCACAGUGUGUUGGGUGGGACCCUGAGCUGUAAACUCCUCAGAUUGUGGCCUGCAGACGACCAGGGGGUUGUGGGAGAAGACGGGAGAGAAUCGUCCGUUGCAACACCAGUCUCACUGGACUGGAGGGAAUGCCUGAGAGAUGUGAAUCUAUGAGUUACUGCAGCGCUACUGCCGCCUCUCACAGGGAACCUAGGAAACCACCACCACCACCCAACCUGCUGCAGUCAGCCUGGAGGGUUGCAGCCAUGCAUCUCAAGCAACACCCCAAACUGCAGAAGAAAGAGAUCUACCUGGAGUCCAGUCAAGACAGCCAGAGAGGCCUUCAUGUGAGCCAGCAGGGGGUCCUGUCACAGAGGACAGUGUGGGGGGUGCGCCCAGCAGUGGCCCUGAUUGGUCCGAUAAGCAACGGGCUAGGCCAGGGUACGGCCUGCUACCCCCUCAGUGUCAUAUCCACCAACACCCUGCAGUGCUGUAGUAAUGACAACAGUGGCUCCAACCACCUCAACAACAGUAAUAAUAACCACGGCGACAGUGGACUGCAGACCUCGAGGCUGAGUGAGUCCGAGGGGGAUGUAUUCCACAGUAGUGCCACCUGGGCCCAGAGUAAAACCUCCAAGACCACCUCCUGCAACACCCCCCCCUCCCUGCUACUCUCUACCUGCACCACCUCUUCUACAGGCUCUGAGAACCAGGGGGCCUCCUUAAGAAUCUCUUAUGAAGGGGAGGACAGAGAGGGACCGCUGGAAAUCUGGGCUGUCAUCAAGCCUGGCAACACCAAGGAGAAGAUCGCCAUCUUCGCCUCGCCCCAGUGCCGUGGAAGCCUGGUGAACGGUGGCGAUGGAGAGGCCGGUGAGGACUUGGUGAGCAGCAGCCCGGUGAGGACCGUGUCUGUGAAGAUGAAGAGCUGCUGGGAGGACGAGGGUGGAUCUGUGGCCAAGCGCAGGAGGAGGUCAGGGUCUCAGGGGCACCACCAGGACCGAGAGAGACAGUCAUCCGGAGCCCUGGAGACACUGAGCCCCACUGAGAACAGCCCUGUAGAGGUGACCCUCUGCCUCAGAGAGAGCCCCAGAGUGCCUGAGUGUGGGGAGGUGGUUGUACGGGUGGAUGGGGAGCAGGUGUGUAGGGUAGAGGGUGAGGAGGUGAGUGGGACUGACAAGGCUCUCUCUGUGGUGGAGUUGGUGGCCUUCUUGGAGCAGAGAGCCAGCGACAAGCAGGUGGACUCUAAGCCUGUGUCUCUGCGGAGCUCCACAAGCAUUACCUUAACCAGGGGGCUGUCACUGACCCUGGAGCCUCAGCAGCCCAGAGCCCCAGACCAGAACCCCCAGGGGACCGAUGAGGCAGAAUGUGUAAAGGUGUCAGACAUGGUGGCCAAGCUGGAGUCAGAGUGCCUGAAGCACCAGAGUGUUAGAAGGGAAGGGUCCAGAUCUGGGGGAGAGCUCUCACGCAACAGCCUCACGCGCAACAACCUCUCACGCAACAACAGCCUCUCGCGCAACAACAGCCUGCGGAGGAGGGUGGGCCGGGUGCUGCUGGCAGGAGCAGAUGCCUUCUCCAUCUCAGCCCAGCCACCACCACCUCAGUCUCCCACUGGGCCCCACCAUGGACUAGAGGAGACGACCAGGGUGCCGCACCGCCACGUUAGUCCCUCUGCUGGCUAUCCCUCUGCUGGCUAUCCCUCUGCUGGCUAUCCCUCUGCUGGCUAUCCCUCUGCUGGCUAUCCCUCUGCUGGCUAUCCCUCUGCUGGCUAUCCCUCUGCUGGCUAUCCCUCUGCUGGCUAUCCCUCUGCUGGCUAUCCCUCUGCUGGCUAUCCCUCUGCUGGCUAUCCCUCUGCAAACACCAGCCACACGGACAAACUAGCUCCCAGCAGCUGCCGUGAAGCUGCCCAGUUGGCUUCCAGCACCUCUGACUCAGCCUCUCCGUCUCGCAGCAUGGACUCUGGGUGUGGCGCCUCUGUCGUCAGAGAGCCAGAGGAGCGCUGUGAGGCCCAGGGCCCGGGGCAGCAGAAGAAGAACAGGGCUGUAGAGUCUGGGCAGAACCUGCACUUCCAGCUCCUGUCAGAGCAGGCCAGGUCCAGCAGUACAGAGAGCAGUAGUAAACUACAGUGUGCGGAGCCCCUCCCAGGCAUGCUGUUCUUCUCACACACUCUGCCCUCACAGGUGGUACUUGAACACACACUCCCACACACAGUCAAUACUCCCACCCACACACACACCCCCCAGGAAAUGGAAUCCAGCCCUAAACCCACCAGAGACUCAGCAGAACCCUCCAAGAUUCAGCCCUGUGACCCUUCUAUCACUUCUCUACUCCCUGAACCCAUAUCGCACAGUGAGAACUGGGCCAAAGAGGAGGACGAGGCGGUGAGUGAGGGAGAGGGGAGUGAUGUUAGCCGGUGUGAGACAAUGCCUUUCCCCCUGCGCCGCAUGGUGUCUCACGAGUUCCUGGAGAUGCGCUUUAAAAUCCAGCUGCUUCUGGAACCCCAGCAGUACAUGUCCUUCCUGCCUCACCACAUCAUCAUCAAGAUCUUCUGCCUGCUGCCCACAGAGAGCCUGGCUGCGCUCAAGUGCACCUGCCACUAUUUCAAGUUCAUCAUGGAGAGCUACGGCGUGCGCCCCGCGGACUCCCGCUGGGUGUGCGACCCCCGCUACAAAGACGAUCCCUGCAAGCAGUGUAAAAAGCGGAAUGGGCGCGGAGACGUGUCCCUCUGCCGCUGGCACCACAAGCCCUACUGCCAGGCGCUACCCUACGGCCCCGGGUACUGGAUGUGUUGCCAUGGCUCCCACAAAGACACGCCCGGCUGCAACGUCGGUCUCCAUGACAACCGCUGGGUGCCCGCCUUCCAUAGUAUCAACAUGCCAAUCUAUAAGAAACCCAGGAAGGUCUCUGAGGAGUAGUGGUACAGACAAUGGGAGGAGAACUGACUUGACUUCUGUGCACUUCCUUUCUUCUUAGGGCUGAUGUCUGUCUGUUGCCAUAUGUGCAUUUAUUUGUGGGGAGUUUGAGGGAAAUCAUGUUGCUGAUACUGAUGAGGAAUCGCUGGAUCUCUUCCUUUACCACUUCCCCCUCCUGACCCCUAACCUCUGACCCCUCAGGUCCUCUGAGAUUGUGAGCACUUUAACCGUGGUCAGAAUUCUCAAUCCUCAAAGGAUUCUGUCAGGGUAUUCUAUUUACUUGCUUCAAUGUUUUGGGUUGAAGCAUAAACUCUGGUUCUGAUAAGUGUGUGUUGAAGAGAAGAGCUUUAAUGAGUAUUUGUCUUCAGUGUUGAUGCUUAAUGUGUCCCUCCUUACCAUAGCUCUUUCCUUAUGCAUCAACCGACCGUUACAUUGGAAUAGAUACUUUAGUCAAGGUAAAGCCUAUCAAUGUUAUGCAGUGUAUCCCACCCACAAGUGAUUUACUCAGUGUGUGUUAUGUUGUCUAAGUGAAUACAUACAUGGCUGCAGGACCUCGGUUUAUGCAAAAUAUGAAUCAACCCUAUUCCAUAUCCCGGUUGCUUCCCAAAUGGCACUCUAUUCCCUAUAUAAGGCACCCACAGGGCUCUGGUCAAAGGUAGUGCACUAUAUAGGGAAUAGGGCGCCAUUUGGGUAAUGGAAUCUAUAUCCCCACUCCACUAUAUCAGGCUCCGGGUCAGAGAGGCUUUGUUGUUGGUUUUGGAUCUGAUUGAAACUAGUUUGUUCUGUGCCGGUUGUGUUUACAUUGUACAUAGUGCUACAGAGUCCUAUAUCAAAAACAGGGAGAAUAAGAGUGACGAGCAGCACGAGUAUCUAUGACUUGACUUGAAUGCAUUUAUUAGCUUCAGUUUGGUAAAAAGAAAGGUAUUUACCCUGUCAUGUGUAUAUUGCUGAAUUAUUAUUGGGUGUUUUUUUUGCAGUGGGUCCCAGAUGUAUAACCCAGUCUGUAACCCAUAUGCUUAUUACAGCUCGCAGUUUUUUUUCCUCUAACAUUUUUUUUUAUGUGUGUUGGAAAUGGCACACACUUCCCUAUAUAAUGCACUACUUUUGACUAGGGCCCAUAAGGCUCUGGUCGAAAGUAGUGCGUUAUUAUAUAGGGAAAAAGAGUGCCAUUUGGGACGAGUUUGUUAUUAAUAUCCCUCUUUUUAUAAUGCUAUAACUUCUUGAAGGGAAACAUGGGAAAUGUCACCUCAGUGUUUCUGUUCUUUACAAUGACUUUAACUGGACAUGAUCUAAAAGAAAAAGAAUCAGGAUUGAUGACAAAUGGGAAAAAUAAUGGUCUCUAAAAGUAGUUUGCUCCCAGAUAUAUUUUUUUUACUUUGUUGUAUAUUCCUGCUGUAUUCUCUGUAAAUGCAUUUUACUUCCAAUAAAGCGCAUUAAUUCAGAGGUUUUAACUGUCA